UCUCCUCACUCGCGAGUGUAUCGUGCUUCGGAGCGGCGGUUCGUCCUAUGUUUACGUGUGUGAGCGUGCGCGAGCGCGCGCGCGCACGAUCGUCCGCGUUCUCGUCCGACGUUAGCGGCGGCAACGCCAGCGCCACUCGAUAGCAGCCGGAAGGCGAUUCGAUUACGCGAACUGAGCCGCGGCAGCGCAGCGCAGCGCGAAGAGCUGCUGGUCAGUACGUGUGGCAUUCCGCGCCGAGAAAUGGAAGCCGACGAGACGCGUUCGGUCAGCACAAGCGUCAGCACGUUGCCGACGUUGCAUAUAGUCGCACGCGACAUCGCAGUGACAGCUGUGCACGUAAGCCACUUUUGAGUUUGUUAUGACCAAGAACGUAUCACCGGCCACGACCGGUCGCCGACCAUCAAUCGCGUAUCCGGAGAAGAAAAGACCGUCGUCGCCGUCGUUGUCAUCGUCGUCAUAAACGUGCGCGUCGUGAUCGGAGUGUUUUUGGUUCUUCUGUUUCACACGUGAGGAGGAGGGACGCGUCGGCCGACGACGAGGGAUUAGGACGCCAGCUUUGAAGGUCACCGAGAAAGGAAUCCGGGAAGAUGUGGUGCCUCGUCAGCCAAGCUAAUUCCGUCAUCCUCGAGGUGCAGGUCGACCCGAAGGCCAUCGGCCAGGAGUGUCUUGAAAAGGCCUGCGACUGCCUGGGAGUCAGCAAGGAGUGCGAUUACUUCGGCCUGAAAUAUCAGAACGCGAAGGGCGAGGAUCUCUGGCUGAACCUGAGGAACCCUAUAGAGCGGCAGACCGGCGGCGGCGUGGCGCCGCUCAGAUUCGCCUUGAGGGUUAAGUUUUGGGUGCCGCCGCACCUGUUGCUGCAGGAGGCCACCAGGCAUCAGUUCUACUUGCACUCCCGCCUCGAACUGGUCGAGGGUAGGCUGAAAGUCCCGGAUUGGGGAUCCGUAGCCCGUUUGGUCGCUCUGAUAGCGCAGGCUGAUGCUGGCGAUUACGAUGCGCUAUCACCGCCGCAUGCACUUUACUCUCAGUGUUGUCACAUACAACCCGCGGAGCCGUGCGAGCCGAAACCUCAAGACUUUCUACUCCGGAUAAUUCAGCAACACAAGGAAAUCAAGGGAAUGAAAACGACGACCGCGGAAUACUGGCUUUUGAAAGAAAUAUCAAACCUCGACACUUUUGGCCAGGAAAUGUUUCACAGUAAAAUCGGACAAUACAACGGAGUGUCUAUGAUCGGCGUCGGUCCACAUGGAAUCACGGUCUACCGCAGCCAAGAUGAAGAGACACAAAACAUACCGUAUACGGCUAUACAAAGUGCGACGUCACAACGGCGGAUGUUCCAUCUGGUUUACCUCUCGCUCGACGGCGAGGAGACAUCGUUGGACUUUAAAUUAGACUCGAGUCAGUCCGCCAGCGGACUUUAUAGGGCGAUCACUGAGAAACAUGCGUUUUACAGUUGUGAGACGGUCAGAAGCGCAGUCACCGCGCAGUUUAUCCGCGAUUUAAAGGGGACAAUAAUUUCCAUCUUCAACGAAGACUCGACAUUGGGAAAGAAGUACGUGUUCGACAUACGCAGGACCUGCAGGGAGGUCUACGACAAUGCGCGACGUGCGCUCUAUUGCGAGGCGGCGACUAUAGUGCUGCCUGAGGAGAACGAGAUCCUGGAUAGGCACGCCUGCGGCGAAUGCGAGAACCCCAAGUGCAAGGAAUCGCGGGAAUGCCUGGCGAGAUUGCUGGACGCGAUGCUCUGCCGGAUCUGCAUGGAUCGAAGCUUGGACACCGCCUUGUUUCCCUGCGGACACGCCGUGGCCUGUUUGGACUGCGCUCGUCGCUGCGAGCGUUGCCCAUUAUGUCGGGCCAACAUCGACUAUUGCCGGACGAUAUACCUCCCGAUUGAACUGACGCAUAUUGACAAGCACAAUCCUAAGCUAUCGUCGGAAACAAUCGAGCCCGUAUUUAGCAGGCCGCUGGCUGAACAAAUAAAGGAGCGCAUUUUGGGCGGCGAGACGCCGGUGAAUAAUAAUAUUUGAGAACGUCGCGUUAGGCGCAGACUGAGCGCGUUCGAGAGAUUCUUCAGGAUUGUUACUUGUCGCGCAGGAAGGGCAUAUUGAAGUACAUUGGCAAUGAAGCAGCAAUUUUUCUAUCUCCCCGCCAAGAGCGGACCGAGCGUGUCGAGAUCUUUCAAUUUCGCAUAAUAAUAACAAUUUCAAUUUCAGUCGCGCAGCUCUCCACAUGCAUUCGCGUACUUUGAUAUUAUUCCGUAUUACUUUACUUGUUUUUAUCUUGUGCUUUAGUUUCUCACCUGCCAAUAUUUAAUUUGUGGAGAGUGAUUCAGUGAUACGCGAUAUAUCGAUACAAUGCUUACUCUCUCGAUUGUUGCAGACAAAGUUUUAUUCGAUAUCAGCGAGAUGGUUAAACAUACGCUUGUAACUUGACAUUAUUGCGCCUGCGCAUAGACAGGAUUUCAAGUUAUUGCGAAACAUGAUUUUGCACGGCGUAUUUUAACAUCGCUCCAGCAGAGAUCAAUAAAAUUAUGAAUAAGAGAAGUUCGCUUGGUUUUCCGACCAAAGAAAUAUGUUAUACAGUAGUAGUUUUUUAAGCAUGUCGUUUUAAUAAUUAACGAACAGGGUGAACGGUCUGAAUAUGUUAAAAUUGAAAAACGAUAUAUUUGAUGGUACUGUGAUUAAAGAUGAUAUUAUUGAAAAGAUACAAGAGAGAAACAAGGAUGUCGUAGAUAAAUUCAAUGACGAAAUCGUGAAUGAACAACGUCGUCUACAUAUUCAUAAUGAUGUUAAAAAUAGUCCCUUUAAUUGAACGGCCGAAAAGUGCUAUUAGCAGCAUGGAUCUACAAGAAACAGUGCUGCCAACGUGUGUGAAAAAUAAAAAAGAUAUAAUUUAUAUUACGACAAGAUUCGGCGAGGCAAAUUUGUAUGUGGAUUUUUAUUUUUAACUGAUGAUUGGACCAAUACUUUUCUUGUUAUUUCAUGAUCUUUUUCAAUGCUUUUGUUCCUCUUAGAUAGAUCGUACGCCUUUUUUUGCAUAUAUUUACUUUGAUCUAGAUACACUCCCAAGUUACGUGGGUCGAGACUUUUAUCGAAAUUAGUAACUCGGCAUAUUUUUAAUACAAUAUACGUUAUUCAUUACGCAUAUGUGACAUCGUUUACAAAAUAACUGCUACUACAUAAAGUCGCUUCUAAAUGGAUGUUUCAAUAAAACAGGAUCUGAAUCUGAUGUAGUAAGUGUCGAUAUUUACUUUAAUCGCGACGUUUAAAAAAA